AUGUCAUCUGAAGACAUCUACCCGGAAAACGUGGACAUGGAUAGAAUUUAUUUAUCUCUUAAAUCAGGUUUAUUAGCUGAAACUGACUGGGCUCUCUCUCAAUUACUCGUAUCCUCCAAUCAAACUCAUCAUUUCAAUGUAAAUCAUUUUCAUGGUUUAUUAGACGCGUUAUUUGAUUUCCCUAUCGAGGCCUCUAAAUGCUUAUCUGAUAACAAUCUAGAUUACAAUCACAGUUCUUAUCAAACGCUCAACCACCAAGCAAACGACGCUCUCACGAUCAUCAACAAUCUAUCAAUCACCCACUCUAACCUCCCUAUCAUCCACUCUCACCACAAAACCAUCCUCGCUUUAUCUCAGCGUUAUCUACGCUUCCUCUACUCUUCCGACACCGCCAACGAAAUCACCCUGAAGCUACUCUCCAUCUUGGAAUCCAUCGGUGACCUCCUUCAAGAGCCACCAAAGAACCCUUUACUUGGUAUGAUUGCAGAUCUCAUCCACUCCCACGACAGAGCCUACGUUCUCCUCUCUCUCCGCCUUAUCGCCGUCUUCGUACGUAACAACCCCCACCUUCCGCGCGUCCACCACCAAUCCCUACGCGUCUUCUCACCCGCCAUCGACUCGGCUCUCCUCCCUGACGCUCACCUCCGCGCUGCUGCUUUAGAAUUCAUCUACGCCAGUGCAUCCACAUCCCCCGCCAUACUCACCCACCUCCUCACCCACGCCCACCUUCCAAUUCUCGUAAAAUCCCUUGCUUACAUGCUCUACGACGAGACUAUUGAAGAAGAGCGGCGGUGCGAAUUUACAGAUACGACCAACGCCCCUCCUCUUGUCUCUCUCUCGGACGAAGAAUGCGAGCGUAUCGGUAUGAUGACUGAACCCAACCGAACGCGCGAGUGGAUCAAAGCGGUAUGGGCUCUAAACCCCACAAAUCUUCCCUCCAUCCCACAGUCCCUCCUCACUCUUUACCGCGACACACUGUCUAAAUACGCCUACCACACCCCUUUGCUGGGUGAUGAGGAGGUGUGUGCGCGAGUGCAGGAGCAUCUUCACGCUCACCGUGACUCGCAAUCACAAGAAAAAUCACAAUCGCCCUCUCCCUCUCCCUCCUACACUUGCUACUGGGGCGACGACCGCACCACCUUCGCUACCCCCGACGAGUUGUAUGCGUAUAUUUCGCGCACUUACAUCGAUAUCCCCACCCCGCCCGUCACAUUCACGUGGGGAGGGGUGCUAUUUGCCGUCGACUCCACCUCUUCCGUCCCGCGGGGGACGCAGCUGAAGGGAAGGGUGUUGGCAUUGGUGGGUGGGGGCGGGAGUGCAAGGUCGCGCAAACAGCAGAAAGUCACAGCUGCCGACGCGCAUGCCAACGCACGCCCACCAGGCGUCGCCUACACUCUCCUGCACGUGCCAUGCGAUGACGAUGCCUUUCCCCGCGGCAUCGCUUACCAGGCUGCACUCCUCCUGCGUUUGCUCGCCCAGAAGGCGAACCCACUCGCAAAGAACGUCCUCCAAACUGACGAAGCUAACAGACCAGAGUCUAAAGGCUACUAUGGUCUACCUGUGCCGCCUAGCCAGGCGCAGGUACAGGAGCAGCAGCAGCAGCAGGAUAGUGGCGAUGAUGUCCACUCAAACGCCCUAACCCACCCUCACCCUCGCGUCACCUCCCUCCUCUCCCUCUUUGCUAGAAGACCCCUCGCUGACGUCGCCAUGCGCAACUCCUCCCUCCUCAGAGAUGUCUGUCGAGAGGCGUUUGAGUUUAUCCAGAAUGACAGUAUUGGUAGUUUGGUAGUGGAGAGUGUGUAA